CCCCCUUCCAGCUGGUCUCCCUCCUUCGAGCCCAAAACAGCUCUUCAGCUUUGGAAAUCCAUAACCAUCCAAUUCCAUACGAUCCACUCCUCGUGCUGAAUAACCACGAAUCAUCUUCUUGUUCGUGAUCGAUUACCUAUCCGAUCCAAGGAUGAGUGGUUCCGGCGAAGACCGUAAUAACUGGCGCGGAGGUCGCCCGUACGAGCAGAACCGUCACGCCGCACAGAGACAUUCCUCUUCCCGAACAAUGAGCGCCCAUGGUACCUCUCGCGGUGGACAGAACAACAACAACAACACAUGGAGUGAUUCGUCGCGCGAACAGCUCCCCUCGGGGCCUCGGCAGGAACAGCACGUUCCCGUGCGCGGUUUCAAUGCGACAGAGUCAAAGACGGCUCUCAAAAGAGGACCCGGAGAACCGAGGCCUUUCUUCUACAAACCGCAAGGCAAGGACACCAACAACCGGGCUGGUGGUCCUUGGGGUGCUAAACCCAACCAAAUGGCCAACGGCAAGGACUUCUUCCUCGAGCUUCGAAAACAAGUGACAGCUCUACGACAAGGCAACCCUGUCGCGGGUGGAUGAUCAUCAUUGCUCACUUGGGAAAUUCCCUGUGAUUGAGGCCAUAGGGCGCCACUGUAUAGAGCUUUUCACGGUCCUCGAUUCACGGGAAUGGGUUCCACACCAUUACCCCGGAGAGCGUCAAUUCUGCUUGUCACGGCUACCUAAGGCGAGGCGUCAAGUUUCCUUCCCCGGCCGCGAGAUGAUAUAGCACCUUCUGGCUACCGGCUCGGAGACAGCAGACUCGGACGGACAGCAGCAGGCAGAGAAAUCAUCAUUCAAUGCCAUGCAGGCCUCGUAGAAGCGGCGGAAGGCAUUAGUACUGUUACGAAUCAGGCCAAUGCAAUCAGCUAGACCUCUUUCGACCCAAUCACGACGAGAUGAUCUUCCACAUGACUGUAUCAACGCUCUGGUGUUAUACAUGAGUAGCCGUAGUGCUAGAUUCCGCUACAUAACUGAUAUGAGAACCCGA